UGCCUGUAGUUUCAUUCUGACUCGUACGCCAAGGCAGGAUGUGUGUGUGUGUGCGCCUCUUAUUUCCUCGCCUGCCUCCCUCCUCACCACACCUCAGGAGCCGGUGUGUUGCUCACAGCAGCUCGCCCGCUCCCGGCUUCUCUGCAGCAUGGCCUCCUAUCCAGGGAUCUCCCACAACCUGCAAGAGCAGGUCUGCGAGCUGCUGAAGCACCAGAAGGUUUGUCUGAUAAGGCAGGUGAAACAGCACAAGGCUAGGAGCAGGGCAGAGCCAAGGCUACUGGUUAUGAGUCUGUGGAGAGCCUACCUGGUCAACACUAAACAACCUGUCACGGUAGAGGGAUCUUUCAACUACCUUGAGAUCUGCUCCAUCGCCAUCCACAGUCUCAACCAGGUGGUGAUCGAGACUGACACAGAGGUGUUCUUACUCAGCCUAACGUUUGUGGAGGACCUAGAAGCCAUGAUCAGUCACGUGACUGCGUCUCUGAAGAAGAUCUUCCCUGAUUCCUCCCCAGGGAAGAUCCUAAAAAAUGUUCCUCCGGAUCUGCAGGAACGCCUGAGGAACCUGACCUCUCAUGUGGAGGAACAGCUGGAGGGAACACCGGGACCCUGUGGAGGCUUCUCUGACACCUACGCUGCUCUCUGUGACUUCAACGACUUCCGCUGCAGGGAGGAAGUCCAGUGGGAUGUCAACAACAUCUACCACGUCCGCAGAUGUCGGGAGUUCAGUCUGCUGGACUUCAGUCACCUGGACAGCCAGGACCUGGCCCUGGUUGUGGCCGCUCUGUCCUUCAACCAGUGGUUCACUAGGUUCUCCAGCAGACACUUCAAACUGACUCCAGACGUGCAGCAGCAGGUGCUCUUCAUGAUCCACAGGUCUCCCAGCCUGGAGGAGCUGUCUCUGGAGGCCAGCGGGCUCAAGCAGGAUUUUGUAGUCAAGAUGGCAGCUGCCUUGAGAGACAACACCUCCUCUAAUCUCCACACCAUCAACCUGUCAGCCAAUCAGAUUGAAGAUAAAGGCGUGAUGGCUCUGAGUCUGGAGCUGGACAGCCUAUCCAGAGGUCUCACACACUUGUCUCUUUCCAGGACCAGUGUGUCUCCCAAAGGUGUAGGUGUUCUAUCCCAGGUCCUCUCCUCCAACCAGGUGUUUGCCACCUGUCUCACCCACCUGGACUUGUCAGACAACCCAGGGAUUCUGGCCACUGAUGAUGCUAUGAGUCUGUUCCUGUUCCUGUCUCGGACCAACUGUGUGUCCUACCUGGACCUGAGUGGGACUGACUGUCCCCUGGACACUCUGUUUGUGUCUCUAUCUGCUGGCUGCUGCUCCAGACUGGCUCACAUCAACCUGGCCAGGAACCCCUUCACUUACAGGAAGGUACGUGAAGUGACCAGGAGUGUGAGAGAGUUCUUCAGUCAGUGUGUGAAACUGCAGUACUGUGGUCUGUCCCAAACCAGGCUGCCUGCCCAGGCUCUCCGGUUGUUGCUGCAGGGUCUGGCUACAAACCCUCACCUAAGUGGGCUGGAGCUGGACAUUAGCAGCUCAUUCUGA